UAACUCACGAAACAGAACCUCUACAACUCUGGUUGCAAGACCAUAAAGAGGAAAUUUCUUUUAACCUUAUACCCUCACCUCAUUAUCAUGUCAUUUUGGACCCUUCCUGUAGUGAUCACUCAAAUGAACAUACAACUAUUAAGGUAUUCCCAGAAAAUAAUAAUAAAAAUCAAGAACGGUUAUACAUG